AUGAGCUUCGGAUAUGGAGCAGGAGACUUCCUCUCCGUCCUCCUCUUCGCAAACGAGAUCCGAAGGCGUUUCGUCUACGCACCAACCCAUUUCAAGAAUACAGCCGAAGGUAUCAAGUCCCUAUCCAACGUCCUGCGUGAUAUCGAAGACAUCGACCCGGAAAAUGCCCUGAGCAAGUCCCAGAGACAACAACUCGAGGAUAUAUCACGGUCCUGCUGUGGGGUUCUUCAAGAGCUUCAUCAUCUGCUUGCAAGAUACCAUAAUAUUGAAAUGGACACGGCAGAUCCAAAGGCUACUCGCGGUCCACGCCAUUUCUCGAGACGUGUGUGGCAGCGGUUGAAAUGGGAUCCAAAGGAGAUAGAGGCCUUUGAGCAGCGUAUUCGGGGGCAGGUGGCUAUUUUUAAUCUAUUUAUGAGUCGACUCAACAUACAGAUUAACCUUGCGAUAUGUGAGACGACGACUCGCUCGAGGGAUGAUAUUGCUGCGAUUAAGCAUUUCCACAGCGACGACGAGCUUGAUAAGGUUCUUGAGUGGUUGAGCCCGGUUAAUUAUGCAGCGCAGCAGAAUGACUUCCUUAACCAACAGCAGCCAGGGAGCGGCCAGUGGUUGCUUGGAGCAAGCCAGUUUCGGGGCUGGUUGGAGGGUAGCAAUCAGACAUUGUUUUGUCCAGGAAUACCGGGCUCGGGGAAAACAAUCAUGGUAUCUAUAAUUAUUGACUACCUGGAACGAGCGUUCAAGCACGGUGAAAGUAUCGGUAUCGCAUAUGUUUACUGCAGUUUUCGGCAGCGGCCUUCGCAGACAUUCCGAGAUCUCCUUGCAAGCGUGGUAAGACAGCUCGUCCAGCGAAGCUUGGAGAUUCCAAACUCUGUGAGGACAGCGUAUGCCCAGUCACGGAAUAAAAAGAUACAACCAAGUGUCAGCGAGCUUCUACAGUUCCUGCAGGUCUUCUCGGCUCAACUCUCUCGGGUCUUCAUUGUGGUGGAUGCUCUUGAUGAAUGUGGAAGCACUGCUCGGGAAUCUUUUAUCGCAGCAAUUUACGGUCUACAGAAAGAGCAUAAUGUCAACCUUCUGGCCACCUCCAGGUAUAUUCCAGACACAAUUGCUGCGUUUGAAGCGUGCCCUACCCUAGAGAUUCGCGCCACCAUGGAAGACGUGUGGCGGUAUCUACGCAGUCAACUCUCCAGACUCCCAUCAUUCGUCUCGCGGAACAAGGACCUUCAAUGCGAGAUAAUCGCCGAGGUUUCCAAAGCAGUGGGUGGAAUGUUCUUGCUCGCCAAGUUGCAUUUAGACUCCUUGGUUGGGAAGAGGUCUCAAAAGGCAGUUCAAAUGGCCCUUAAAAGCCUACCUAGUGGAUCUAAUGCGUACGACUCUGCAUAUAGCACUGCCAUGGAACGGAUUGAGGGGCAGGUCUCUGACCAGAGAGAUAUGGCGAAGCAGGUAUUGUCGUGGAUCACUUGUGCCGGCCCUUUGACUACAAGAGAACUACAGCAUGCCCUGGCUGUAGAGAUCGGGGUGCCCUACCUCGAUGACGCGAAUAUCUCGGACGUGGAAGACAUAGUUUCAGUAUGCGCAGGCCUUGUAAUUGUCGAUGAACAGAGCAAUAUUAUUCGGUUGGUUCACUACACCGCGCAGGAAUAUUUUGAACGGACCUGGUCCUCAUGGUUUCCGAGCGCGCAACAUAAUAUUGCAGUUACUUGCAUAACAUACCUGUCGUACGAUUUCUGCAAGGACUGCCCCUCGCAUUCCAUCCAUGAAGCCGGCGUUCUCGACAAGUACCCCCUUUAUCGCUACGCAGCUCAGAAUUGGGGUCGCCAUGGAGAGAUUCAGCGUCAAGACCUAGGUAUCAUGCUGGACUUCUUAGGAAAUAAACAAAAGGCAACUUGCGCCGCCCAGGUACUUCUAGAGGACAGCCCUUGGCCAAUUCCAAAAGAGGUCGAUGGUAUACAUCUUGCGUCGUACUUUGGGCUAGACAAUACCGUACACGAGCUGGUUAUGAUAGGUUGGGAUAUAAACUUGCCUGACUCCUUGGGGAAGAGCCCUCUUUCUUGGGCAGCUUGCGAAGGACACGUUGGUCUGGUCCAGCUGCUUUUGGAUCUGGGAGCUUCUCGAGACUCGAUGGAUACCAAUUGGCACACACCGUUAUCGUGGGCGGCAAAGACCGGACAGUGCGAUGUUGUCGAGCUCCUUGUCAAUCUCGGCGCUGAUAAACAGUCCAGAGAUAAAUAUGGGCAGUCCCCGCUAUCGCUCGCUGCUAAAUAUGGACAGCGGACAGUGGUCGAAUUCCUUCUCAAGGCCGGCGCAGAUGUCGAGAGCAGAGAUAACAACGGGCAAACCGCAUUGUUAUGGGCAGCUAAUCAAGAUCACCCGGAUAUCGUGAGGCUCCUAUUGGAGAAUGAGGAUAAGAUGGAAAACUAUCCAGUGCUCUCAUGGUCCACGGCAACAGUGAACGAGAAAGAAGCCGACACGCUCAAGUUCGAAGAGUGCGAAAAAGGCGAUCCACUCACGUCCGGCCGAGAUGGAGCUGGAAAUGGCCGACUGGUUAUAUCACUGCCUGGAGAAAGCACGGACGACACCGUCUUCGAUUGGACGGAUCAAAUAAAAUGA